AUGAUUGGGAAUAAGCCUAAUCCUAUUACCACCCACUUCAGUGGGUUCCCGAGUGCCUUAUACCUUUAUGUUGAUAUAUUUGAUGCCGAUUUCCCCCCGAUCGAUACAGAUGAUCAUUUAGGUGCAUUGCGACUAGAUGGUUUCACGGUUUCAUCUUAUCCUUCCCCUGGCGUUGUUGAACGAUUGGGAGAAGUUAGCAGCAUUUAUGCACCAAAAGAGCUUUCAGUCCGUGGGAAAUUGAAAUCGGGUUCUGCAACCUUGAAAAUAUCUGUUUGGGCGCAAUGUCCUGAUGGGCGGUUUGGACCUACGUGUGAAGCAAUUUGCGUACCACAACAUUUGAGUGGUAACGGACAUUAUGGCUGCGAUGUUACAUCUGGUAAAAGAAUCUGCAUUCCAGGUUGGCACGGAGAUGACUGCGAUUUGGUUGAUUUGUGUGCCACGCGAAAGCCAUGCGGAUCUAUGGGACGAUGCGUGAACACUGAAGGUGGAUUCCUUUGCCAGUGUCGCGAACCAUUUACCGGUCUACUGUGCACUGACAAUCCGCAUCCCUGUCCAAAGCGAGAGUGGCCAUUCACAGAAGACCACUUAACACCAUAUUGCCACAAUGGGGGCACAUGUGUGUUGAGAGAUGGGGAUAGACGCUGUGACUGCCCGCCUGGUUUUGUUGGAGUAAGAUGCCAAUACGAUGUGGAUGAAUGCACUCACUGGCCCUCAUUGUACAACACCAACAUGGCGAUUGACCCGGUUAAGUGUUACACUCCCGGUCAUACCGCUUCCCCAUGCUGUGGUCCCGAUGCCAGCUGUUUGAACACUUGGGGCGGUUACAAAUGCAUCUGUCCCACUGGCUGGUCGGGGUUGCAUUGCGAGUUCCCACCAGUAAUUUGGCCCAAUGGUUACGAACCCUUAGUGAACGCGACGGUCGACUACGGAUUCUUGGCCGAUCGAGCGAACAAUGAGGCGUUCAGCCAUCUGAAGAGUGCCAACUUAAGCUCAACCCACUAUGGUCACGAACAUGUUUGGGUCAUCGCGUUCAGUGUUGUGUUCGUACUGCUGCUUAUUCUCUUAAUUGGCAUUGUUACUUUUUAUACUGUCCACAUGAAGCGAAAACGGCGAUUGGAUAUCGAUCGUGGAUCUACAAGGCUACCGGUCUUCUAUACUAGAGCAAACUCAGCCAAGAGUUUCCACAGUAGUGGCAAUCAUUUACAAGACCUUCCACUUCCAUCCACCCCGAAGUCCACGGUGUACAUCAGAGCUCCCCCAAAGUCGACGGAACACGCAAACGCCAACUCACAUUAUCGCUCGCCACCAGACGGAUCUUCCAAGAUGAUAUACGAAGACGCAUGUUCCGCUUCGAACACAACAUACGACUUUCUGUAUGGGGAUGGGGAUGAUUACGAUGCAAUUUUUGAAACAGGACAGCAGGAGGAACACGUUGCGACCACUUUACCUGCUAGAAGCUGCCCCCAGUCAUCGUCUUGA